GCCGCUUCUCCGUGGGCGGACUCAAGGGGAGGAAGUUUUUUCCUUUUUCUUUUUCCCGUAUUUUUUUUUCUUCCUCGUGGUUCUGGAAUCUGAUUGUGGCCGAUCCGUGCGGCAUUGCUGGCCGUGAUUUUGGUCGGAGAGGCGGGAGAGACACCGCGUCCGAAGUGAAAAUUACGGAAACUGAAGGCGGCCGCCGUCCGUCCAUCGGGGGGCUGCAGGUUUUGUCGCUUGGGAGGGGUGGACUCACGGGCAUUCUCUCAAUCGCCUUCGGAUCUGGGAAGGAGUCCGGCGGCCCCUUUUUUUCCGGCGUCUCUCCGGCUUGUUAGGCCACUCCGCGAGGCGCUGUUUAAGUCCGGGAGGAUCUGACUCUGCUGGCUGGCGGAGGCGGCGGUGGCCCUUUGUGGCGACUAGAGGCGGAUUAUCCGCGGGGCGGCCGCGUCGAUUUCCUUGGGGUUUCCUCGGUGAGUCCCUGCAUUGACGGACGACGGGUUCUGGAGGAGAUUCGCAGAGUGGAUAGCCGGAUUCUGCCGAGGUGCGGUCGUUUGUCGGCAGGGGAAGCGGUGAUCGGGCAUGCUUCGGGAGGAAGGCUUGUAGGUUCCAUGUAAGGGAGGGAUUGGUGAUUAUUUAGGGCGGAUCUGGUUUUCCGGCUUGAAGGUGAAGCCAGCUAGACGCGGAUUUCCGGUCUGCCGAUUCAGCAGGAACUUCUCUUGCUUUCGGGGUUCGAACUAGCUGCUAUCACUCGCCUGAGGGAAAGCGGAGAGCUGCAGGGCAACUCGCCAUUUCCGUGUUGCCUCGGAUAGAAAAGGAGAGCGAGAAGCGCCGAUCUAGGUAGCGUCCUUUUUUCAUCUUCUUACAAAAGGGGAAAAACGAAAGCAGGAGAAAGAUGAUGCGGACGAGGGUGAAGAGCGCGUCUCCGACGACAACGAUGCACGGGAGCAACACCGCUGGCACCGACUCAGUGGAGUGGGAGAUGAGGCCCGGGGGAAUGCUGGUCCAGAAAAGGACCUCAGGGUCGGACCAGGCCCCGGCUCCGACCAUCAGGGUCCGAGUGAAGUACGGCUCCGCCCACCACGAGGUCCGCAUUAGCUCCCAAGCCACAUUCGGGGAGCUAAAGAAGUUGCUGGCUUCGCACACGGGACUGCACCCCGACGAUCAGAAGCUUAUUUUCAAAGACAAGGAGAGGGACUCGAAGGCUUUUCUAGACAUGACUGGCGUGAAAGACAAGGCGAAGAUGGUUCUCGUGGAGGAUCCCCAGAGCCUAGAGAGAAGGUACCUAGAGAUGAGGAAGAAUGCCAAGAUGGAGAAGGCUGCGAAAGCCAUUGCAGAGAUCAGCCUAGAGGUCGAUAAGCUCGCAGGCCAGGUCUCUUCUCUCGAGUCAGUCACCUCCAGAGGUGGAAAAGUUGCUGAGAAAGACGUGCUUGGCUUGAUCGAACUCUUGAUGACCCAGCUGAUCAAGCUAGACGGCAUCAUGGCGGACGGCGACGUCAAAAUGCAGAGGAGAAUGCAGGUGAGGAGGGUGCAAAAGUAUGUGGAGACUCUUGAUUCGAUCAAGCUCCGCAACUCAAUGAUUGCCAGCAACCAAGCACCAGGAAGGCAGCAGCCGGCUGUUGUCGUCACCACCAAGUGGGAGACCUUUGAAUCGUCCCCUGCACCGCCACCUGCCUCCUCUUCCUCAAAGCUGAACUGGGAGUUUUUCGAUUAAAGUAUCUGUAUAUCAUCUGUGCCCCACACUGCAAUUUGUGCUUGCUUUCUCUCUCUCUCUCUCUACACUUGUUUUCUUUCGUUUUUUCUUUUUUUCUUGUUUUGGUUUUCUGUAUGUAGUUUUUUCACCAUCAUUCAUCCAUUACAGUAAAUAAGUAAGAUGGUAUUUUUGUCA